UAAACAGGAGUAGAAGAAGAAGAGCAAAAGCUAGCAGCAGCCAGAGGCUUCUAGAAACAACGUGCACCGGGACAGCGACCGGUAAAGCAGCAGCUCGCGGACUCUCACCGUCACAGAGUGAACCGGCGGACCGAACAUGGCGAAGUGGGGAGAAGGAGACCCUCGGUGGAUCGUGGAGGAGAGAGCUGACGCUACUAACGUCAACAACUGGCACUGGACCGAACGAGAUGCAACAAACUGGUCAUCGGACAAAUUAAAAUCUCUGUUGCUGGGUCUGAGUGUGGAGAAUGACCAGGGGAGGUGUGAGGUGACGGAGGUCAGCAAGCUGGAUGGAGAGGCCUCCAUCAACAACCGCAAAGGGAAACUGAUCUUCUUCUACGAGUGGAACCUGAAAGCUACCUGGACAGGAGAGUCCAAGUCAGGAGUGAAAUACAAAGGAAGCAUCGAGGUUCCAAACCUGUCUGACGAGAACGACAUGGAGGAUCUAGAUAUCUCUGUGUCCCUGAAUAAAGACGAACCUGAGACGCCUCUGACCGACCUGAUGAAGACAAAAGGAGCAGAGAAGGUCCGUGAGGCUCUGGGCAGCUACGUGGGCUUCUUAAAGACAGAGUUCACACAGGGGAUGAUCCUGCCGACAGCCAACGGUAUGGCCAAACCGCCGACCACGUCACAGUCCAAAGCCAAGCUGGAUAAAACUCAGAUCUCCUCCUCAGGCAGCAUGGCUGCUCCCAUCAACACCGGCGUCAAGAUCCCCACCUGUAAAUUUAGCAUGAGAGAAACCUUCCUCACCUCACCAGCUGAGCUGUACAGAGUCUUCCUCAACCAGGAGAUGGUCCAGGCGUUCACACACGCUCCAGCGUCUGUGGAUGGAGAGAGAGGAGGGAAGUUUCGUCUGCUAGACGGAAACGUUUUCGGUGAAUUCACAGAGCUGGUCCCUGAUGAGAAAAUAGUGAUGAAGUGGAGGUAUAACAACUGGCCCUGUGAGCAUUACGCCACCAUCACCAUGACGUUGUUGGACAGGAGCAGCGAGACGGAGCUGAAGGUGGAGUGUCGAGGCGUCCCGGAGAACGAGGAGGAGCGGACGAAAGAGGGCUGGAAGAGAUACUACUUUGAGGCUAUUAAACAGACAUUUGGCUUUGGAGCACGGCUCUUCUGAAGACGGUUUCCUGUUGGCGAGCGUUUUCUUCUUCUCUCUCCAUAUUUUUAAACUUCAACAUGUCCCGUCGUCGCCGAGCAGAGACGACGCGGCCGUGUCGUCACCUGUCUGUCUGUGUAAAUGUUUUUAUUUCAUCAUAUUUAAAUCUAGCCCCGCCCUUCCGUCAGUCUCUGGUUCAGGCGAGUGAAGAAACGGAGCGUGCCAUUGGGACUCUGGACGGAAAACAAAGAAGAAGAAAAUUGGCGUCCUCUUCUGUAAAUCAGUAACGACUGUACGAGCUCAGAGAAAAGUUUGGUUCCUUCGACUGAAACAGAAAAAACAGUGUGUGAUGAAUUUUUUACUUGUUUAACUCUGUCAGUGUCAGUGUAGUGAAGUUGCAUGUUUCAUUUCAAACUGACCACUGGAUCCUCAUCGAGUCGUUAGUCUGACCUUCAGCUCUGACCUUCAGCUGGGACGUUGCCACAGAAUGUUUCUCAGUCAUCACUUCCUGGUGCAGCGAGCUAGUUAAGGUAGCGAUUCAAAAAGACACGUUUGCUCAUUUUGGCUUCAAAAUGUAAAAACACACAAAGUUUAAUUUAUUCAUCAUUUCAGCCCCUCAUCAUGUACAAAGAUUAGUUUCUUGGAAUAAAGCGACCCUGUAUGCUCUGCA